AGCCAACAUCACACUUCGGAUCGAACUUCGAAUAUUAACAGUAAUCAAUAUGUCUGGACGUGGUAAAGGAGGAAAAGGGCUUGGAAAAGGAGGCGCUAAGCGUCAUCGUAAGGUGUUGCGUGAUAACAUCCAGGGUAUCACCAAACCAGCUAUCCGUCGCCUUGCUCGUCGUGGUGGUGUAAAGCGUAUCUCAGGUCUCAUCUACGAAGAGACCCGUGGUGUAUUAAAAGUAUUCCUUGAAAAUGUCAUCCGUGAUGCCGUCACAUACACCGAGCAUGCUAAGAGAAAGACCGUCACCGCCAUGGAUGUCGUCUACGCUUUGAAGAGACAAGGCCGAACCCUGUACGGAUUCGCUAAGCAUCAAUUCAAAUUAAAAACAGAAAUGGCUCGUACAAAGCAAACUGCCCGUAAAUCUACCGGAGGAAAAGCUCCCCGAAAACAACUUGCGACCAAGGCAGCACGUAAAAGUGCACCAGCCACCGGUGGUGUCAAGAAGCCUCAUCGUUACAGGCCUGGAACCGUCGCUCUCCGUGAGAUUCGUCGAUACCAGAAGAGCACCGAGCUUCUCAUCCGCAAGCUCCCAUUCCAACGUCUAGUCAGAGAAAUCGCCCAAGAUUUCAAAACCGAUCUCCGAUUCCAAAGUUCUGCCGUCAUGGCUCUUCAAGAGGCUAGCGAAGCUUACUUGGUCGGUCUUUUCGAAGAUACCAACUUGUGUGCUAUCCACGCUAAACGUGUAACCAUUAUGCCGAAAGACAUCCAACUGGCCCGCCGUAUACGCGGUGAACGUGCAUAAGCUGUCAUCAGUUAUUUCAAACCAAAAGGCUCUUUUCAGAGCCACAAUUUGUUUAAAAGAGAAGGAAGCAAUAUUUGUCUUGUCUUUGUGUUUAUUUUAUAUAUUUUAUUUUUUGACACCCUGUUAUAACAAUAAUAUAUCUUAUGUGCUAUAUCUGCAACGA